AUUUAUUUUCUGAUUGAUUUCUUGACGUUUGUGAUUUCCUAUUUCUGUUUCUUGUGAUGUUUUAAGUUAAACAGAGGGAUCAUAAAUAAACACUUCAACAUCCAGUGCUUAAUUCGCGUAAUUCUUUACCGGUGUAACCCUUUGUGAUCCAGUGGAAGACACAGCAAUGAAUAAAUACUCUUUGGUGCACAUGGAGAAUUAAUAAAAAUGGAAACAUACGAGGACAUUUUAGAUACAUCUACGCUGCAGUUGUCUGGUGAUUUUGAGCAGCAAAUGGCUACAAUAAUACAAAAUUUUCGCUUGACAAAAGAGCAAGUGGAGAGAUUGGAGGAGCUAUUUCGAGAUCUGUACAAUGCUCUCAGCUCAGAGUGGUGUGACAUUCAUAUCAUGGGAUUUGGAUCUGUUGUCACAGGUCUGGGCACCAAGACCAGCGAUGUAGAUUGCUAUAUACAGCUACCCAGGUGGAUGCACCCGCCAGACAGAUCCUAUGUCAUCAGAGCCAGGGACAUCCUAAUGCGGCAUAAACAUAUUUUCGAAAAUGCUUUUGCAAUUGUGCAAGCCAAAGUGCCAAUAGUCCAGUUUUACCACAUACCCACACAAGUCAACUGUGACAUCAACUUCUCGUGUCCUGCCGGAGUGGAAAAUAGCAAGUUAAUCCGAUAUCUAUUGGAUUGUGAUAAAAGAGCUCUACAUUUAGCAAUUUUUGUCAAAUACUGGUCAAAAAUCCACCAUUUUACUGGAACUAAUCUCAUGACGAGCUACUGCUUGACCAUACUCGUUAUAUUUUUCUUGCAACAUUACAAUAUGUUACCCUCUGUUAAAUAUUUGCAGGAGAAUAUUGAAGAACUGAAUGUCAAUGACUGGAACUCUGCAUUUAACACAACUCCCUAUUCAGAUUUUGAUAGCGACAUAUCAAUGUAUGAACUGUUAGGGAAUUUUUUUAAAUAUUACAAAACAUUUGAAUUUGACAAGUAUAUUAUAUGCCCGUACUUAGGUAGACCGGUGAAGAGGGAAGAUUUUGCAAAUGUUGAAAGUGUUCCUUCAGAGUUCUCCGCGUAUAGGACUAAUGUAGGGUUAAAAAAGUUAAAUCCAUUGAGGCUCGACUCCAUGAUGUGUGUGCAAGAUCCCUUUGAACACAACAGAAACUGUGCAGUGGCCGUGUAUCCAAAACUAGUACAGAACAUUAAAGCGUUAAUAGAAAACGCUGUAUGUAUUUACGAAAAUGAAAGUCAAAAUGACUUUUUAAAUAAGCUACUGCACAGUACGAUUAUUUUGAAUUCCGCUACUAAAAAGAAAAAGAAGCAGAAACAGAAAUUUCCUAAACUUAAUGGUGUAAAGAAAAAUUAUAGACAGAAUCAAAAUUUCAAGUCAUAUCUCAGAGGCAGAAAUCAUCGGAGAUAAAUGAAGACGUGUAACACUUACAGGGUAGGCCUGGACCGGGGAUGGCCAUUCCCCUUUCAAAAUUAUUUAUGUAAUCUAUACUUCUAUACUAAUAUUAUAAAGAGGUAAAGUUUGUAAGUUUGUAAGUUUGUAACAAUUUUUUGAAAUGGGGUAAUCUUCGGAACUACUGGACCGAUUUUAAAAAUUCUUUCACCAGUAGAAUGCUACAUUAUCGGGGAGUGCUAUAGGCUAUAUUUUAUAUUUCUAUCAUAUAUAACUACUGAGAUAUCGCGUUUUCUCUUACAGGUCAGACCGAAAUACUUACUUAUUCGCAUGCGCUGCCUCAACCAUUGCGCAUAACUGAAAUAAAUGUAUGGAGGCUUUUUGAACCUUUAAAAGUUCUACAAAAAAGUCCGCGACACCAUAUAUCUAUCUUUUAUAUUUUAGCAGAUAUAGUACCUUUAGUACUUUAAUAAAUUAUUUAAAUUUUAAACUAAGGUUUACGUCAUUAUUUACACAACUAAACUUAAAUCCUUAUCAAAAUAAAUGAUUUAAUAAUCACAAGGAUAUUAUAGAGAUAAGAUUUGCCCUUUACAGUAUGUUAAUUAGUUAUAUAGUUUCGGAGAUAAUACAAAAUUUCUGAAAGUCGAAGAAAUGCCGCUAUAUGACGCCCCGCGGUUUCAAUUACGUGGUUCCCGUUCCCGUAUGAAUAUGAGGACCAAACAUAGCCUAUGACAUUCGCAAAUAAUGUAGCUUUCUAUUGGUAAAAUAAUUUUCCAAAUCGGUCCAGUAGAUCCAGAGAUUACCCCCGACAACCACACAAACUUUACCUCUUUAUAGUAUUAGCAUAGAAGUCGCUUGGGAAAUUAUAGUCUUUUGGUCAUUGCACCACGCACAAAAGGCUGGACCAAUUUUGCUGAGGGUAGGGAUAGGAUAGAGGUAGGGAAGGGGUAGGAUAGAGGUAGGGUAGGGGUAAUUUAGGGAAAGUGUAGGGUAGGGUAGGGUAGGGUACGGAUAAGGUAGGGGUAGUGUAGGGUAGGGGCGAGGUAGAGGUAGGGGAAGGAUAUGGAACGUAUAGGGUAGGGGAGGAGUAGGAUAGGGGUAGGGUACGGGUAGGGUACGGGUAGGGUAGGGUUAGGGUAGGGAUAAGGUAGGGGUAGGGAAGGGUUAGGGUUAGCGGUAGGGUCGGAGUAAGGUAGGGGUAGGGUAGGGGUAGAUUAGGGGUAGGGUAGAAUAGGGUAUGGAUAGGAUACGGGUAGGGUAAGGUGGGGGGAAGGAAGGGUAAGCAUUAGCGGUAGGGUAGGAGUAAGGUAGAGGUAGAGAAGUUUACAUCAAUUUUUACGCGGACGAAGUCGCGGGCGUCCGCUAGUAUUCUAUAUUACUUCAUAAUUAUCUUCGAAACCGCUAAACGUUCAUAAUAAAUGUUUUACUCUAAUAUGUUGACUAAAAGACUUAAUAUAAUACUCGUAUCUAAUGUGGUGGUUGAAGUGUGGAUAUUUCGAUGUUUAACAUCAUUGUUAUUUCAAAUUAGAUUUAAGUAACAACAUUAAUAAAUUAUUAUCAACUAUUUGGUACACUGAUAUUUGAAUGUGGUUCCUAUAUUCCAGUUCUAAACUUCCCAAGUAGUCAAUGUUUACAGAACUCCAGUAUAACAGGAAGAAUUAAGAACAUUUACGAUAAAGUAAACUUUCGACGACUGUAUUAUGUAUCUACUGUACUGUAUUAAGGUACCUAUUUGUAACUUAAGUUGAAAAUGAAUGUCUGAACGUGAUACUCAAAAUAAAGUCUUACAAUGUU